AUGCAGCAGCCAUUUGCGGACUCCCUUCCUCUGGCCACAGAUGCCUUGGGAAACGAGGAUAGGCCGUAUGGACUGUCAGGUUUUCGAGUAUAUAAAAGGUACGAUGACAAGAAAAGGUACGAGCGUGACUUCCGCCGCCGUUUGCGUAACUUAAAGGUGGUGGAGGCACGUUUCGCUGGAGAGUUGAAAUGUAGCAAUAAUUCCAAUGCCGUAUCAGACGAUGUGCUGCUCACACAGUUUUUCGCUGAUAUGGCAGGUAUCCGCCCACAACUGUUGAACUAUUUGCAAAAGUCACCUGGCUCACUGGUGGAACAUUUUCGCAGAUUCUUUGGUGUACCUGUCUACCUAGAGUCUAGCGACCAGUUGGCAGAGUAUCCUGGUAGAAGUCAGGUAACACUGACAGAUGUGACUGAUGCAAUGUCCAUUAUCGCCGCACCGUCGGCCUCUGGUGAUAAUGAUAGUCUGACUCAUCCGAUGGCCGCGGUUACCCCCGAAAUGCUCAAUUCUGUGCUCCAAACGCUCUCGCAUAAAGACCAGACCAUUUCUCAACUGGAAACUGAAAUAUCGGACCUUACACAGGAAAACAUCGAACUUGCUAUGAAAUUGGAAACCGCGUACUCCGAUCUGUUCCAACUUGAUAUGGAGAGCGCACGUACUGAGCAACGCUAUUUGGAGGCACUAACAAGUCUGACUGAAAGUCUCCAUGUUUCUGCGAUGCGAUGUUCAAAACUACAGUCUUUAGUUCUAAGAAGGGGCACACAAUUGGCUAUGCAAAGUCGCGCAUUGUUCGCCACAGAGAACGCACUGGCACAGCAGUGCCAUUUGAACCCGAUUCCAUGUCCUGCUUUUAGUAAGUCUGGUGUGAGUUUCGGUAGGUUGCUAGAAAAUUCUCACAUGUUUUCAUCGGUUGCAGAUUCCGAUCUAGCGUCUUCUGAUUUUUCUAAUGCCAGUGAACCAAGGAUCGAACGCUUUUUCCUAUACGAUGGCGAUUGCACAACCAGUGCAUACGACUCUGAUGCUCAAGGAUCUGUAUCAUGGCCCGGUCUUGACUCGUCUACAUCAAUACCAGGUCGCAAUUUGGCAAUAAAUUCAUCAUCCUUCUACGAAACUGGAAGUGUGGUUUCUGAAUUUGUCGGUGGCAAGUCACCAGAUGGUUCUAUUGAGCUUGUAAUUGCCAAUUUCGAUGAUCAUUUCAGUUUGGGUGACAAUAUUUCUGCAACCCGGCCUGCUUUGCCGGUGAAUUCCACUGCUCCCGAGGUUAUUGAACCCACUUCUGUAGAUGUUCCUGCUAAACCCUCAUUAGCAUCCGGUGCCUAUGCACUACCUGCGCCACCCGUAACUACCGAUAACCUUGCUUCCGCUUCUGUUGUUGCAACACCUCCUUUGGGUGAAUUUGGAUCUGCUGCUGUAAAUUCCCCGGAUACUGCCCUAGAUGGUGACACUAAGGUACGAGAGUUGAAGACGGAAAUUUCCGUGCUGCAGAAAAAGUUGCAGCAAUACUUGCGUGAGAUCCGCACACUUAAGCGGGAGAAUGAGCGCCUGAGACCCCGAGAGUCUAUGUCAUCUGACUUGCGUGCGGAGCUUGCUGCAGGUGGUGUUAUACCUUUUAACUAUAGCGUGUGCGAGGACCAAGUGGCAGUCGGGAGUGGUGUGCCUAGUUCCUCUGUGAUUAAUCCUGCUCUUGCUACAUCUCAUGCACCGCCAGAGGAUACUAAAGUGAAGGAGUUGAAGGCUGAGAUUUCUGUUUUGCAAAAACAAAUUCAGCGUUAUCAGCAAGCUGAAGAAGACCGGCAACGUUUGUUGGAUCAGCUUGGUUCUGAAGAGCGUCGUAACCACGAUUUGAAUUCAGAGUUAGCGGUUGCUAGGCGCCGUAUAGCUGGUUAUCAACAUGAAGUUGAGCAGCUUUUGCGAUCUUACGGUGGCGCAGUUUAUGUUGACGAGCGUAAUCAGUCUAGUACCGCAGUAUCUCAAAAUCAAGAUCGUUCAUCUAAAUCUGGCAUGACGAUGCCUGAUCUAAAGACUGUGUUUAGUUCUCUUCAAGAAAGAGUUGGUUUCUACGAGUCGGAGAAUGCUGCUUUACGUACCGAGUUGGCACACCUACGUUCUCAGUUAUCUGUUUUGCAAUCUGAUCUAUCCAAUGCACGCAAUGAGAAUGAGAUGUUGUCAUCUGACACUCGUGCUGUUGGUUGUUUGGCUCUAGAACGUGUGUUCUAUUCUAUUACCUCAGCUAUGGAGAGUAUGACUCGUACGUCGAUAGAGGAACUUGAGACUACUGACUCUGAGGGCAUGGGUUCCGCAGCGUCUCAGAUAGGUCGCCAUCAGCUGCUAGACGAACGUGUGGUUGCGCUUGAAUCUGAAAAUAGAUUGUACAAAGACAAGCUUUCAUCUUUGAUGGACAUGUUGCAUCAAAGUACUUUUGAGCGUUUUCAGAUGCAUACAACGAUUUCUCGUCUCAAUAGCGACCUACAUUGCUCCCACCAGCAGUUACAGAAGUUCCGUAAUCAGUCUUCGGAGUUACUGGGCACUUCUAACGAACUCGACAGGUUGCGUGCAAAGUGUUCGUUGUAUGACGACCAGGUUGAUCGUCUUAAGCAGAUGAAUGCAGAUCUCAGUGAUUUGAAUAACCGUUUAGCAGAUGACGUACGUAGUCUUGAGGAAAAGAGCGCAUUUGCCAAAAAUGAGGUAACUGCAUUGCGUGAGGAGAUCCGACAACUUCAAUCGUUGUUAGUUGGUGAUGCGCGCAUCGCGCACGAUGCUAUACGUGAUCGUGUCGCUAUAAUUCAGCUAGAGGGUCGUUGCAACCUGUUGAAUGAAGCAUUAUCUAGUAACCGUACUGAGUUGGAAUCUGUGCGUGGCAAGAACUCUGACCUGGUGAAGUUGAUUAUGGAGCUGCGUUAUGCCCUUGAACAAGAGCGCACGUCGAAUGUAGAAUAUUUGCGCCAGGUUAAUGCGAUGUCAGAGGCCGAGGGUCGUUUGCGUAAUCAGCUGGAUUCUCAUGAGACACAGCUAGAAGGCCUGCGAGCAUCUGUUGCAUCUUUGACCGAGUCUCUCGAGAAGAGCGCAGCUGAUUUACGUGCUGCGUCAACCCGUUUGAUGGAGAAGGAGCGGUCAGAACGUGCGAUGUCGUCGACUAUAGAGUCUUUGAAUGGUUCCCUACAAACAUUGGUAUCCUCAGUACGUGAGGCAAAGCCUUUGAGGCUUUCAGCUAGCGAGCUGGGUUCUAUCGACAUUUCUGGUAUCACCAACUUCAACCCAAGCGUCUAUUACGGCAUAUUGGAUGCGAUUCAGCAGAGCAUGACUGGAGUUCAUGACGGUAAAGAUGUAUAUUCGGUUGCGAAGGAAGUCUCUUCAGCACGAGAUAAGGUGUCGAAUAUUUUGAAAUGCAACUUCCUUUUGAGUACUUUGGCCGCUGGAUUAUGUCGCCAAUUGAGGGACCUGAGCUCUUCAUUGAUCGAUAGUGCCCGAUCUCAAACUGGUUCAUUGUCCACAUUAAUGAAAUUUAUGGGUACCAGUGUUAACGUUGAGCUACUGCGUGCUGAUUUUGCAAACCGUGUAGGAAGGUUGCAGGCCCAUAAUAAGGAGUUGAGUGCAAUGGUUGGUCAGUUACAAAAGUGCAACCCUGCGGACGCCCUUAACCGAAUUAAAGACCAUUAUGAGGACACUUUGGGCAAAUGCCAGGCUAAGCUAGACCAGAUGUCUAGUUUGGUAAAAUCGAACGAGGAUGAGCAUACCAAACUGAGACAGGAGAACUCUAAGUUGAUGUCUGACUGUUCUAGUGCUGCUAAGGCAUUACAAGAGUUUGAGCGCCGUAUAGAUAAAUUGUCUGACGAGCGUUCGUCCCUUUGCAAAUUGGCACUAUCUAUUCUCCCUGCUGAAGAGCAGUCUGAAUGCGAACGUGAUAACUUGCGUGCUAUUUUAUCUUCUGUAAGGACCCUGGUUUCUUCCCUAACGUCAUACCGAGAGAAAUACAAGAAGUUACUUGAGAAUCCUCCCGAACCCAAGAUCGUUACGGUAACGGUACCUGCUCCAAUAUCGGCUACACCCAACCCUGUCUCCCAACCCGCGGCAGAUCGUGGUCCCGAAGCGGUACCAGCUGCUACGCAGGGUAAAGUUAAUGACAAAGUUGAUACAAAGGGUUUGUCAAGCAGUGCUGGUAAUCCUGCACCUCGUGGUCGGUUGAGCAGGAGAAUACCACCAGAUGGUGUUUUGCAACUAGCUAACCUUUUAAAGGAUAUUGACACCAACGUGCGUUAUUAUGUGAAGAACAUCAAGUUGACAUUGCGUGAUCAUGUGCAACGAUUAUCUAGUCAAGCGGAUAACAGCGAUACAGAGUACGAGAGCCCACGUUCACAUUCCAUCGGUCGUUCCGAUGCGACAGUUUGUGAUGGUGAUGAUCCGUCUGACAGUGAUAUGGAUUAUCCUACGCGGUUAUAUUUCGACAAGUCGCUUAGUGAAGAAGUGCUGCGUCGUCAUACACGUCAUUUCGAAUCGAUCUGCGACCUUUUGGAUAAAGCCCGUGAUGCUCAGUCCCAUAUAACUGAGCGUCCCCCUCGUAUCGUGUAUGUGGAUGCUCCAGAUGCCACGACGUCACGUUUGCAGUCGUCGUCUACUUGUGACAUGGUAGUGAUGCACCACUUCCAAAGGCUCUGUGCUACGUUGAAGGAGUGUACUGUAGGUAGCCCCCUAGCUCUAACUGUCGAUGAUGUCUUUUACCAGUUAGAGUUGGUUGUACUUGAUCAAGGUGAUCGUGAUCAUCGUCGCGCAAGAUGGGAUCGUUGCAUUGGCAAUAUGGUAUCUGUUAUUAUUGAUGUAUUGCACAGCGAGACUCUGGAACGUCAGGGUAUGAUUGAUGAGUUACGUCGCAGGUGUACAAUGUUAUCUGCGGCUUUAGAUGAGGCCGAGUCUUUAUGUCGUUUGCGUGAGGACGAAUUGCACCGUCGCACAUGUGAAUUGAGUGAUACGUGCAACCGUUUAGAAGAAACUGAGCGUCAUUGUCGUAAACUUGAGGUGGAACUUGAAGUACGUGGAUCGGAUCGACCACGUAUAGACGAUCAAGAGUUACGUUCUCUUGAAUCCGACCUUUCGCAACGUGAGGAGGAGUUACGUCAGCUGAACAAGGAGCUAUCGAAGUUACAUGCUAUAGUGUUGGAUUUGGAGGAGGUAAACGGUCUUCUAUCGCAGCAACUAUCGCGAUCUCGUAACGAAACUGAGCGUCUGGUAUCUACUGUUGAGAAGCAGCAGCGUCAGAUUUCAAGUUUAAACAGCGAAUUAUCAUGUUUGGAGUUAGAAGCCGAGCGUUUGCGUCGCGUUUACACCUAG